UUAAGAAAAGCCAUAAAGUUUGAGAAAGUUUUGAGAGCAAGACUCAUGGAACUCAUGGAACUCAGAUUAUUCAAAGCUUCAAUUCGCUAAUUCUGAUUUUAAUAUUUCGAAUUUUAGCUGAUCUGGUUGCAUAGUGCGCUUGAAGGCUGCUCAAGUGUGUGUUUGCAAUGUCGUCGGAAGACAUGGUGAUCCAUUUCUCCUCCAAUUCUUCCAAUCAGUCCGAUCACUCUUUCCCCGACAAACUCGCUAAGCUCGAGGCCCGCUUGACCGGCAAAACCCCCUCCUCCGCCAAACCGCAGCCGCAGCAGCAGCUCUCCGUCUGGUCUUCUGCUUCCACCUCCGCGGCUUCUGCACCGUCUGAGGCCUCUAUCAGUGAUUCCGACGAGGACGAGAAUACAGGAGACUUCCUAAUCAGAGCCAAUACCAAAAAGCGCCAGAAAGUUCAUGACUUUAACAACAACACCUCCUCUGUUGUUGAUCAUGCUGAGGAUUCUGUUGAAUUGAAGCCCCAAGAGGCAGCUUAUGAUGGAAGGAGAAACGAGGCUGAGACCAAGACUGGCCUUGAUGUUAGUAAGAAGAAACAAGGUCGAGGAGGUCGGGCUUCGUCGACAGGCAGAGGGCGGGGUUCUAAAGCUAAUAUUGAUGUCACAAAAUCUCAGUGUUUGGCUGCGCCAGUGUCAGCUCAACCGAAUGUCUCUGAUCAAAAGGAUUGUAGGCUUGAUGGACAGCUCAGGAAUGGUGAAAGUUCUCUCCAAGAUGACGAUGCGUCAUCUUUACGUGCAAAAAUCACUGUGCUGGAGGAGGAAUUGUGUAAAUCUCGACAAGAUUCUUCUGAGCAUCAAGAUCUAAUACGGAAGCUUGAGAAUGAGUUAAAAGAUCUAAAAGAUCAGGAACAACAAGGGAAGCAAAAGACUACUAAAGUUAUAUCUGACCUUCUCAUAUCUGUUUCCAAAAGUGAGAGACAAGAAGCAAGGACAAAAGUCAGACAUGAUUCUUUGCGAUUAGGCAGCGUUGGUGUACUCAGUUCAGUCGAUCAGCUGUGGGACUACUCUGGUGAUUUCAGGACGGGAACCAUCAUAGCUGAGACAUGGGAAGACGGACAAAUGUUGAAAGAUCUGAAUGCUCAACUUAAACAGUUGCUGGAAACCAAGGAGGUUAUUGAGAGACAGAGAAAGUCCCUAAAGAAACGACAGAAUGGUGAUAAGAGUGACGGGACUGAUUCAGAAUCUGGAGCGCAGGAGGAAGAUAUCAUCCCCGAUGAGAUUUACAAGUCUCGCCUUGCUAGUAUCAAGCGGGAGGAGGAAGUAGUUUUGCGUGAGAGAGAGAGGUAUGAGCUGGAGAAGGGUCAGCUUAUAAAGGAGAUGAAGCGCAUACGAGAUGAAGAUGGUUCUCGGUUCAACCAUUUCCCAGUUUUGAAUUGCCGAUAUGCGCUUCUAAAUCUUCUUGGUAAAGGCGGAUUUAGUGAAGUCUAUAAGGCAUAUGAUUUGGUGAAUCAUAGAUAUGUUGCGUGCAAGCUUCAUGGUUUAAAUGCUCAAUGGAGUGAAGAAAAAAAGCAAAGUUACAUUCGACAUGCCUUGAGAGAAUAUGAUAUCCAUAAAGAUCUCGUGCAUCACCACAUUGUCCGUCUAUGGGAUACAUUUAGAACUGACCUGGAUACAUUCUGCACUGUUCUGGAAUAUUGUAGUGGAAAAGACCUUGAUGCGGUUUUGAAGGCAACACCUAAUCUUCCUGAGAAGGAAGCAAGGAUUGUCAUUGUACAAAUAGUUCGAGGCCUUGUAUAUCUGAACAAAAGAUCACAGAAGAUAAUCCACUAUGAUUUGAAGCCAGGGAAUGUUCUAUUUGAUGAGUUUGGAGUAGCAAAAGUGACUGAUUUUGGUCUUAGCAAGAUAGUGGAAGACAAUACUGGUUCUCAAGGAAUGGAGCUUACAUCACAGGGAGCUGGAACCUACUGGUACUUGCCCCCAGAAUGUUUUGAGCUUAGCAAAACUCCUAUGAUCUCAUCAAAGGUUGAUGUAUGGUCGGUUGGUGUUCUGUUUUACCAAAUGCUAUUUAAAAAGCGACCCUUCGGACAUGACCAAAGCCAAGAACGGAUACUACGAGAAGACACAAUCAUUAAAGCCAAAAAGGUUGAGUUCCCUGCAAAACCUGCCAUCUCGAAUGAAGCAAAGGAUUUGAUUCGAAGGUGUCUAACAUAUAACCAAGCUGAUAGGCCUGAUGUUCUUACACUGGCACAGGAUCCAUAUCUUUCCUACUGUAAGAAAUGAGAAUGGUCUUCACAAACAAACUAGAGAUACAGAAGGACCAGGUCCUAGAUUGUUUUCAUUUUGUACAGAUUAUAAGGUUUUUGUUUGUUUAUUUUUAUCUUUUUAAUCUCCCGGCGGCCCCUUGAACAAUAUUAAUUUCAGGUGGAUUUAACUCGUCUGUUUUCCAUUAAAUUAUGUAUAUUCCUAAUGCUUUUGAAAAGAAUAUAAUUCAAAGUUCAGUCA